AUGACUAUAAGUGAUGCUGCUAAGGACUUUGAGUAUGAAUAUAAGAAGAGGAAGGCUGAUACACUUUGCGAUGUGUCAUUAGCUUUUAAUUCAUUAGUACAAUCUUUAGCCAUUAAAUUUGGUGCUAAUGUUUUGAAGAAUAAGAUCUUUAACAAGGAUGGGAUUAAUAACACUAAUUUUAAGGACAUGAUCAAGGAGGUGAUCCUUGCAACUGAAGAAGUCAAUAAAGUAUUGGCGUCGGGAUUUCUAACAUUGGAUAUCCUCGUGUUUUUCAAAUCAUUUAUUUCAACAAUCCCCAAAGUUUCUAAUUCAAUAAUUCCUGGAUUUAAGGCACUAAUAGUCUUUGUUUAUUUGAUAUGGAUUUAA